AUGGAAAAGCGCUUCAGCCUAUUGGAAGAGAUAGCCGAGCUCGAGGAAUCAAAUUCAGUUAAGGAUGACCAGCAAAACAUGAACGACGUUAACAAAUGGCUACAGGAAUCGGUAUCCCCCAGUAAAAUCCAGGGCAGUCGAAAACACGGAUCUUCUUGCAGUAGUAACCAGAGUUCCGAAUCGGAGACGUCGACGGACACUGAUUCGUCGGAAGCCGACUCUGUGAAAGACGAGCCAUCAAAAAGAGAAAAUUUUAGACCUCAUAAACAGUCAACACCGAAACGCAUCUCCUCCAGGCCGAUAAAGUCGGGUAAAGCUGAGGGGACUACCAGAAGUAACCGAAAUGCCAGUAACCUUGAUCGUAGUCACAUUGCAGCCAGACAAGUGAUAAGAGACCUACCAGUUUUCACGGGGAAUCCCGAAGAUUGGCCCAUGUUCGUAUCUACAUACGAAAGUACUACCAACAUGUGUCACUUCAAUGACGAAGAGAAUUUAAUUCGUCUAAGAAACUGUCUUAAAGGAGAUGCUCUCAACGCCGUGCGAAGUUUCUUGAUACACCCGUCUACAGUCCCAAAAGUCCUAAACGCGCUGCGUCUGAGGUUCGGUCAACCCCAAUUUGUCAUAGGCGUUCUAGAAGAAAAAAUUCGAGCGAUGCCUAAUCUGAAAGUGGAAUACACCGAUAAAUUGAUAGAUUUUUCCCUAGCGGUACAAAAUCUCAGCGCCACGAUAGACGCCUGUGGCAAGAAGGAAUAUUCACGGGACACCUCCUUACUUAAAAAUCUUGUUGGUAAACUUCCGGAGGAACUUAAAAUGAAAUGGGCCCGACAUCAGCGUUCUAGGAAGAAAGUCAAUCUCGCAAAAUUCAGUGAUUGGCUUUAUACGUAUGCAGAGGACGCAUGUGUGGUAACGGAACCAACAAUCUCGAAGAGCAGACCCGCUGAUUAUGGCUCCCGUCGAACGAAGGCUUCGCUCCACACUCAUGUGGAAUCUGUAGAUUCUGAUUAUGAAUCCCCGCACGAAGAGACAACCUCAACGCUGACGCACCAUGUUAAUACUGGAUGCCCGUUAUGCAAAGGAAGUUGCGUCAGCCUUGAACAGUGUAGUAAAUUCCGGGGAAUGACCUACGGACACAGAUGGAAUUCUGUUCGAGAAAAAGGAAUAUGUAGAAAAUGUUUAAAACGGCACAGAGGACGUUGCGUUACUCCCCUCUGUGGUCAACAAGGUUGUACAUACAAACAUCACGCUCUACUGCACAAAUAUAAAGGCAUACAACCGCAAGUUACCGCAGAAAAUCCUUCCUGUAACACACACCAGGUUAAUUCGGGUUCUGCUCUGCUUAGAUACGUUCCAGUCAAGCUCUACGGAAAUGGAAAAGAGCUUGAUUGCUUUGCGUUUCUCGACGAUGGAUCCCACCUUACGCUUUUAGACGAAGAAGUGGCUAACACAUUGGGAAUUUUCGGGGAAAAACGCCCACUUUACUUGAAAUGGACGGGGGGAACUGAACGACACGAAUCCGACUCCCGGGUGGUAAAUCUCCAAAUAUCUGGACGAAGUGGUAAAAAACACCAAUUAGACGGCGUACGUACCGUUCGCAAACUUCAACUACCGUAUCAAACCCUUGACUUCGACGACAUGAAACGUAAAUACAAUCAUCUUCGUGACCUGCCCGUCGACUCGUACCAAAAUGCAAGACCGCAAAUUCUUAUAGGAAUCCAGCAUGUAAAAAUCUCUUUAGUGCAAAAAAGUAGAGAAGGAAAUACGGGAGGUCCAGUGGCCUUUAAAACUCGCCUCGGCUGGUCCGUCUAUGGAGGGAGCACAGAUAGUUUCGCUGUGAGCAUGGUCCACUGUUACUUUCACACAUGUUCGAGUGGGAUAGAAGAAGAGGUACACCUGGAUAAUAAAUUGAAUCAGGCAUUGACCGACUACUUCGCAUUGGAAAGCAUAGGUAUCACGACACUAAAAGAUGACAUACGAUCAAAAGAAGAUGAACGAGCACUGAAGAUCCUCAACAAUAAAACACGGCUAACCAAGGAGCGUUACGAGACCGGGCUUUUAUGGCGAUAUGACCACAUUCGUCUUCCUAACAACGAAAGUAUGGCUAGGCGCCGAUACGAACAUUUGGAAAAACGAAUGAAGCAGAAUCCGGAACUGAAGCGAAUGCUGACAGAUAAAAUCGCCGACUACAUAGCUAAAGGUUACGUUGAGAAAUUAGUCCCCUCUGAGAGCACCUGGCCCGAUCAGCAUCCUGUCUGGUACUUGCCAAUCUUUCCGAUAACAAAUCCGAACAAACCUGGAAAAAUUCGAGUGGUUUGGGACGCCGCUGCCUCUUACAAUGGCAUCUCACUCAAUUCAGUGUUGCUAACGGGUCCUGAUCAACUGGCUUCCUUGGUCACAACACUAAUCAAAUUUAGGGAGCAUCGUUUCGGCAAACGCAUUUCGUAG